AUGUCAAUACCAAUAUCGGCACUACUUACUAAUAGUGGUCCCCUUGCCUCUCGAGAUCGAUGGAAGUAUCUUGACAAUGUCCUGUCAACCACAUCACCAUAUGCCGGAGAAGAAUUUGUACCAGGUGAAGAGACGAUCAACGCUCUCGAGUCUUCCCGAGUCUUGGUGAUCGGCGCCGGUGGAUUAGGUUGCGAGAUCCUAAAAAAUCUGGCACUAUCUGGGUUCAAAGACAUCCAUGUCAUUGACAUGGACACGAUCGAUGUCUCGAAUCUGAACCGACAAUUUCUCUUCCGCCAGGCCGACGUGGGUAAAUCAAAAGCUGAGGUCGCCGCCGCGUUCGUCGAACGACGAGUUCCCGGGGUCAAGAUCACGCCUUACAAUGGCAAGAUCCAGGACAAGGACGAGGAUUACUACAUGCAGUUCAAGCUCGUGAUAUGCGGCCUGGACAGCAUCGAAGCCAGACGCUGGAUCAAUGCCACUCUGGUCGACAUGGUCGACAUGGAAAACCCAGAGUCUCUAAAACCGCUCAUCGACGGUGGCACGGAAGGGUUCAAAGGUCAAGCUCGUGUGAUUCUACCAUCUCUCACCUCCUGCAUCGAAUGCCAACUGUCUAUGCACGCGCCACGGCCUGCCGUACCAUUAUGUACCCUUGCCACCAUCCCGCGACAACCACAGCAUUGCAUCGAAUGGGCCCAUACCAUCGCUUGGGAAGAACAACGGAAAGGCGAAACCCUCGACACCGACGACCCGGAACACAUCAUGUGGCUUUACACGAUGGCACUGGCACGAGCAAAGGAAUUCAAUAUUCCCGGCGUCACGUACGCGAUGACGCAGGGUGUGGUCAAGAACAUCAUCCCAGCCAUCGCGUCGACCAAUGCCAUCAUGGCCGCCGCCUGCUGCAACGAAGCCCUCAAGAUCGUCACCUCCUGCGCCCCCUUUCUGGAAAAUUACAUGAUGUACACCGGUGACUCGAACGAGUCGGGCCUGUACACAUACACCUUCGCCGCGGAGAAAAAGGAUGACUGCCCUGUCUGCGGCAACCUGGCGCAAAAUAUCACUAUCGACCCAGAGAUCACACUGGUAGAAUUCUUAGCAAGCCUCGCAGAGAGAGCGGAAGCACAGUUGAAGAAGCCAAGUAUAAGGACGGAGGCGAAGACGUUGUAUGUUCAGGCGCCGAAGAGUCUGGAGGAGCAGACGCGGCCGAAUCUGAUGAAGAAAAUGAAGGAACUGGUCGGUGAUGGGGAGGAAGUGGGUGUUUCGGAUUCUGCGUUCCAGAUCUCGUUCAAGUUCCGGCUGGUGUUUAAGCAGUAG